AUGACCCUCGGACUCUCCAAGCCUGUCGCCGAGGCCGGCUCUGCAUGGCCGGCCAUCGUCAUCGGCGUAUUUGUUGCUUUUGGCGGCGUGCUGUUUGGCUAUGACACCGGCACCAUCAGCGGCAUCCUGGCCAUGGACUACUGGGAAAAUCUCUUCUCGACGGGCUACCGCAACUCCAAGGGCCGUCUCGAUGUCUCUCCUCCCCAGUCGUCUGCGAUCGUGUCCAUCUUGUCUGCCGGCACCUUCUUUGGAUCCCUCGCCUCUCCACUCCUCGCCGAUAAUAUCGGGCGCCGCUGGGGUCUCAUUGCCUCAUGCUGGGUCUUUAACCUGGGCGUCGCGCUUCAGACUGCCGCCACCGCGCUGCCAAUCUUUCUUGCUGGCCGCUUCUUUGCCGGAUUGGGUGUCGGCCUCCUCUCGGCUCUUGUUCCGCUGUACCAGUCUGAGACGGCCCCCAAAUGGAUCCGCGGAGCCAUUGUGGGAGCGUAUCAGUUGGCCAUCACCGUUGGCCUGCUCCUCGCAGCCGUUGUGAACAACGCGACGCACCUCCGUAAUGAUACGGGUUCCUACAGGAUCCCCAUCGCCGUGCAGUUUGCGUGGUCCACGAUUCUGAUUGUGGGGAUGUUACUGCUGCCGGAAAGCCCCAGGUUCCUGAUAAAGCGAGGAAAACUGGACAAAGCCGCGGCUGCUCUCGGUCGUUUGCGCCGGUUACCCCAAGACCACGAUGCCGUCCGCAAGGAGCUUGAGAGAAUUCGGGAGAACCAUGAGUACGAGAUGAGCCUGGGUCAAGUCGGCUACCUCGACUGCUUCCGCGGCGGCAUGCUCAAGCGCCAGCUGACUGGCAUGGGCCUCCAAGCGCUGCAGCAACUGACCGGGAUCAACUUCAUUUUCUACUACGGCACGCAGUACUUCCUCAACUCGGGCAUAUCCAGCGCCUUCACCAUCUCGCUCAUUACCUCGUGUAUCAACGUGCUGUCCACCAUCCCGGGUCUCUAUGCAACGGACGCCUGGGGUCGCCGACCACUGCUGCUCUUCGGCGCCGCCGGCAUGUGCGUGAGCCAACUGAUUGUUGCCGUCCUCGGAACAGCUACCACGGGGCAGGACAGCCAGGGCAACAUCCUCGUGUACGACCUCGCGGCGCAAAAGGCCUCCAUCGCCUUCGUCUGCGUCUACAUCUUCUUCUUCGCCUCCACGUGGGGCCCCCUGGCGUGGGUUGUGACGGGCGAGAUCUUCCCGCUCAAGCACCGUGCCCGUGGCCUGUCCAUCACCACGGCUACCAACUGGCUCCUCAACUGGGCGAUCGCCUACGCGACGCCCUACCUGGUCAACUACGGCGAGGGCUACGCCAACCUGCAGAGCAGGAUCUUCUUCGUCUGGGCCGGCUGCUGCUUGCUGUGCGUCGCGUUCGUGUACAGCCUCGUCUACGAGACCAAGGGCCUCUCGCUGGAGCAGGUCGACGAGCUGUACGCCGACAAGGCGUGCCCGGCGUGGCGCAGCGCGGCGUGGAAGCCCUCGGCCACGGGGGCGUUCGUUUCUUGA